CAAGUGCGCUUCGGCAUGAGGCUUCAUCCGGACAGAGAGCACAUCAUCUAUCCUCUGGGUUGUACCAUCGUUUUGAGAAGAAUCAAAGAUGACUUGAAGAGCUUCCUGCAUGGCCACACGGGCGAGGUAUCCUGUGUCUCCAUGUCCAAAAGUGGAACAUAUAUUGCUUCAGGAGAGAUCAAUUGCCAAGGCUUUGAGGCUGAGAUACUGGUCUGGGAUUAUACGGCACGAUCCAUCUACACCCGCUUUCAAAUCCACGAGGGAAAAGUAGAAGCGUUGGCUUUUUCUCCCACCGACAAAUUCCUGGUUUCCCUUGGGGGUCAGGAUGAUGGCAGGAUACUCCUAUGGAGCAUCGAAUCCAAGCAGGCCAUUUGUUCAGCCCCAGCUUUACCGCUCAGUUUAUGUCACCGCCUCACCGUCAAGUUCUCCAACACAAACGACAACAUGUUCGUUUCUGCUGGCAGGGCAACAUUGCAGAUAUGGGAGCUGGACGGGGCAAACAAGAUCAGACCUUCAGACUGUCAGCUGCGCAAACUGAAGAGGACUGUCAAAUGCAUUGAGUUUUCAGCCGAUGAUGAGUUUAUAUUCUGCGGGACAACCAGUGGCGACAUCUUGAAAAUACAGACCAAGACCCGAUAUCUGAGCAACUACGGCCCAGUUAAAACAAAACACAGUCUGGGCGCCAAUGUCCUGAAAGUAACAUGUACAGGUGAGCUGGUUGUCGGUUCUGGAUUUGGCAACUUGACGCUGUGUUCCGCUUCUAACUUCAAAGCUAUCAAACACAUCCAGCUGAGCAACGGGGUGACCUCGAUCGCUCUCAAAGACGACGGCCUGCACUUCUUUGUCGGCACAGAUGCUUCCCAGAUCUACUGCAUCAAUUAUGAGACCUUCUCAGCUGAGCUCAUCUCCACUAGCCAUCAUGGACCUGUCAAAGACCUCUCCAUCGCUUUUGGGUCAUCUAUGUUGUUUGUCACCGGCUCUGAGGAGGACAUCCGGGUAUGGCACAUAGACAAGCCCAAAGAGCUGCUGAGAAUCCCUGAACCCUGCAUGACGUGUAACGCUGUGCACUUGAUGGUUGACGGACACAGCAUCGUUAGUGGAUGGAGCGAUGGAAAGAUUCGUGUGUUCACUCCGCAAAGUGGCCGCCUCUUGCUCAUCAUUCACAAUGCGCACAGAAACGGUGUGACCGCCAUGAAGGGGUCCAGGGACUGUCAGAAGAUUGUCAGUGGGGGGCAAGAAGGACAGGUGUGUGUUUGGGAGCUGCUGAAGCACGGCCACAAGCGCUUGGCGUUCUUGACGGAGCACAAAAGCGCCGUCACGUGUGUCCAAAUCAAGAGCGACGACAAGGAGUGUAUCACCUCCAGCACCGACGGAACCUGUAUCAUCUGGGACAUUGUGAAAUUUGUUCGAAUUCAGAAGAUAAUCGCCAAAAACACAUUAUUCCGGACUGUGUGCUACCACCCUGAGGAACACCAGGUUGUUACCAGUGGCACCGACAAAAAGAUCAUCUACUGGGACGUGCACGACGCCACGCCAAUCAGAGAACUGCAGGGCGUGCAGACGUCGGCCAUCAACUGUAUGUUCAUCACCCAUGACGGCAGACACAUUGUGACAGGUGGAGACGACAAGAUAGUGAGGGUGUGGGACUACAUGGAGGGCACGGUAACCCACGUGGGCGUCGCUCACGGCGGAAGUAUCACCAGCAUUAAGGUGUGUUGCAACAACAGCACUUUGAUCAGCAGCAGCGCCGAUGGAGCCAUCAUGCGCUGGAAGUUCCCUCAUCCCGUUUUGGAUUGAUGUGGAACUGAGCAAGCAACAAUCAGUAUGAGCAAAUAUUAUCACAAGGGAUGUAGUAUUCAGUUAAAUGAGAUUCACAUUGAAAUGGUUCUCAUUACAAUUAAAUGCAGACGUCAGUCAAUGUAAGCACCAUGCACUACACAGUAUGAUACAUGCAGACUAUAUUCGGAUGUACAGUAUAUAUUAACAUUAAAGAUUCUGGUUAAAAGCG